UGCUGCUGCUUUCCCUGGAUUUGCAAGCUCGUUUUCCGCCGUGUUUGCGGCAAGAGCAGCAGAGGCUGCAACUGCUACAUCGUCGUCUCUUCCUGCUGCAGCUCCGGUUGCACCUUCCACGGCAUCCGCGGCGGCGCUGGGACUGCAACACUCUCCUGUGGGUGCGCUCGCAUCUCCGGUGCUAGCAACCUCCAGUUCCUCGAUUAUUGCCACCCCACAAUCCUCCACCAACACUUCGCCGAUAUUGCAACUGCAGGACGGUGCUCCCAGAGACCAGCAGCCACCAGCCACCGUUCUAGCAAAGCCCUUCCUGCUAGCAACAACAACAACAACAGCAGGUUUUUCGAGCUCCUUCGUGCAACCACCAAACGCAUCAUUCUCCACGACCACCACUUCAUCCACAAACUCAAAUCCCACGCCAUCUUUGCAACAAGUCAAUCACGCUGUACCCACACCGGGGCUCUUCUCCUCCACUGCAGCCCCGAGCAGCGCGGGAGCGCCCUCGUUUCAUCGAAGCGAUAGCUCCAGUUCGCUUCCGUUUCAUCGCAGCUACGCGACCUGGAAUGUGUCUACCAGCGCUUCAGCCGCCGCUGCCCCAGCAUCAGUCGAGUCUUCCGAGCUCACAGUCUCGCUGCCUUUUCUCCCGGAUGAGCUCCUCAUCAAAAUUUUCGCGUUAUUGCACUACCGCGAUUUGGUGGCUGUUGGUCAGGUCAACAAGCGGCUGCGGUUUCUCGCCAUGGACAACUCGCUGUGGCGCAGCUUGUACAAGACUACCUUCUUUUCUCGCAAAAUGCAGAGACAGGCCACACAAGGCAAAGUGCUCGACAUUUCGUGGAAGGCCUUGUUUGCAAAAAUGUACAAGCGACAGCGCGCGCUCCCCAACUUUGAGCUCAAGGUGGAAAAUCAUCGCGAUCUCUUAUGCCUGCCACCCUCGGACAACAUGAUCCUCUGCUCGCCAGUCAACAUUGCCGGCCUAUCACGCUGGCUGCUGGUGGAACGGUGCUCGGAGGGCGGGCUGAACGAAAACAACCACGCCGACUUUUGCGUGCUGCAACGGCAGCUGCGUACCGGACACUUGUCGCUCAUUCACCGCGACACUCAGCAUACCGUCAUUGCCUUCCACCGCGUGUGCAACGCCGUGUUUUGCACCCUGAGCUGGUGGAUUAUUCUUCUCCCAUUCGUCGCCCUGAUUGCCAGCAAUGCAAUCAACACUCUGCACGCCAAUCUGCACGGCAUGCCCAGAAUGUUUGAGAAUCGUUCCUUGGCGGCGAGUUCUGCUGCAGGCGAGACAUCCGACGCCCUUGGCCAGGCCGACGCGUCCUCGUUUGGCGGUGCGCUCGACGGCUGGGAGGGCUCGCUUCUCAUCCAGGCUGCCUUGCUCGCGCUUGGCAUUCUCUGCUGGUAUGGCCACGUUUCUCGCCAAAUGCUCGCUGAAAACGUCACCCUGUCGGCGCUCGGCUUCUCGACCGUCGUGUGCUACUUUAUCACGCGCGUCUUGGCUCAGUACUCGUCGUUGAUGCUGACCAACUCGAUUGUCUUCAUUCUCAUGUUUUGCUCGUCGAUGGCCAACGUCACGUUCAAACAUCGCCUGGUCAGCGUGCAGUACCCCACGGUCGAAACGUCCUUGUGUCUCGUUUUACUCGUGGGUAUGCUCUCGCUGGCCGGAUCGGGGUCGGCCAAUCUGUCCUCGUCAGUGUUCGAGUCUCUCCUUGGUAUCAACACCAACGCCGAAGACCACCACUGCGUGUCGACUGGUAUUUGUGUGUUUUCGCGCAACAUUUACGUGUCUGGCUGGUGGCAACAUAUCGGCAAUCUGAUCUUGCUUCUGGUGCUGGAUCGCCUUGCGUUGCGCAUGUCCAGAGCGCACUUGGUCAACUUUACCAUUGCCGUUUGCUUUACAUUUGCCAUCGCCCAAUUCUUGCCCCCGGCAUUGCUCGGUCGCGCUGCGUCGACAGCGUCUGGGCUUGGUUCGUUGCUCGUCCUCCUCACGUCGCCCAGUGCCAUCGUCUCGCUCCUCUGCAUUUGCGCUGCCUUCACAUCCUCGUUUGCUGGCCUUUGCUGGUUGUUUGACCACUUGCUGUCCAGCAGUCGCCGACGCUCUCACUUCACCCAGUGGCAGCCUUCUUUCAGCAACAUCGAUACGCCGACUGUCAAUCCUGCUGUUGCAGUUGCCAGCUCCGCGACAUCGACUCCAACUCAAGGACAGUCCGCCGCCCCUGUGGUGCAGCCUCCAACCGGCUUGGGCGCUGCACUCAUGUCCAUCUUUCGGCUUGGGCAAAGCAUUUCGACCUUCAACUUUUUCUCUGACUAUUCCGGUCGGCUUCUGAGCGCCAGUGCUGUUCUCAUGGGAUGCUCCAUGGCGGCAUGCAUUGGUGUUGCGUUCCAAACGCUUGAGAUGGACAAGCCCACCUUCCUGGUCGAGUUUGCUGUUCUCUUCCUGUUUCGAUACUCGUGUACCAACCUGUACACGGUUGUCAAUCACAGAGACCAGUUGACCGACAUUGCCAACUUUUCAUAUUAUGGCCUGAUGUUUGGCAUUGGCUACGUAGUGUGUGCUUCCAUCGCGGCGGUAGUUCUUCCUCUCGUUGGCUUGAUCACUUCCUUUGCUUGAAGCGAGAUCGAGCUCUUGUACUUGUUGUAUUGUAGUGUAUUUUCACCGUGUUUUUUUCAAUUCUGUUUUCGUUUCGGCCAAUAAAUAAACUUUUGAAUGAUUG